UAUAAUUUACAAUAACUUCAAAAUAUAUGCUGACGGAAAGAACAACAAACUAGAAGAACGUGAAAUAAGUGAAAUGUAUAAAGUGGGAAUUAUAUUAACAACAUUCCUGCUCGUGUCAUCUACAAUCGGAGGUGGCUGCAACCAGAAAGAAAACCCAUGUGAUGAAGUCAGAAGUCAAACGGGGAACAGUACCAAUGAGGCACCAGUUUGUACCCAUGUUUUGGAAACUUAUGUAAUGACAAUUCCCGAUACAACAGCUAUUGGAACAACGAUCGGAACUUUGGAUUGUACCGACCCUGAUCAUGGCAAUGUUACAUACCAAAUAGCAAUAACUGAUGCUGUUCAAAAUAUACAGUCUUUGGACAAAAAUACGUUUAGUGUUAAUUCAGAUACGGGUGAUUUCAAGCUGAAACAAACUCCAACUUUAGAGUAUUACGACUUUGCUGUUAUAGUGUCAGAUACUGAUGGUCAAAAUACUACAAUCAAUGUUCAAGUCUUCGUAAAUGAUUUUCCUCCUGAAUGUAAUGUUUUGGAAGGAACUGGUACGGUACAAGACAACCUUGAUUCAUGUUAUAGCACUAUGAUAAAAUGCGAAGACCCACAAGGUGGCUUUGUAAACUAUACAUCAACCUCUGAACUAUUUGAUCUGUAUAGCAAUGUCAAUGGUAGCCUUGACCUUUGCCCUGCCAUGGACCUUCACAAUAAAUCUGGAAUUUACGAGAUCAUAAUAUACGCUAAUAAUGAAAUAGGAAUGAUAGCGUUAGUAUUUACUAUGACAAUCCUGGAUGUCAAUAAUCCACCAUACUUUGAUAAUAUCCGUGAUUUUAAUCUGUUAGAGAAAUCACCCCCAGGAACAUUGCUGGGUGUUAUAACAGCAAAAGACCCGGAUACUCUACCGGGAUAUAAUACAUUAACAUAUACAAUAGUUGAACAAACAGUAAACAGUACAUUUACUUUGAACCAAGACACUGGAGUAUUACGUCUAGGAAGUACACCAUUAAACGUAUCGGAUGUAUCUAUGCACACCUUAUCUUUGAUGGUAACAGACAAUGGAGGUCUUUCCGGCUAUGGCACGGCAAACGUAACUGUUAUUGAUGAAAAUGACCCUCCUGUCUGUUUACAAUCACAAGAAAUCCUUAAUGCGCAAGUGAGCCGAUACGCAUCUGUCGGAACAAUUGUUACCAGCCUUGUUUGCUGGGACUAUGACAUUGAACCAGAUUAUAGUACUAUUGUAUAUACCAUCAUUGACGAUAAUGAAGGACUAGUUUCCAUUGACCAGAAUGGCAAUAUUAUGACGACCAAUGAGAUUCCUGCUACAACUGAAAGUUUCAAUGUAAAAGUUCGUGUAUCAGAUUUGAUUAUGACAAAAACUGGUGACUUUAAUGAUAGUACCAUUUUAGACAUUCAAAUAAGUGUACAUGUUCCAGAGAAACCGUCGAUUGUGGUUUCUAUUAGAAUGCCAAAUGAAAUAUUCGAUAUGCAGUUACUUGAUUCCCAGACUGAAAUAUAUCAGAACCUCAGUGCCAAAGUUGAAAACAUAGUUGAGUCUAUUCUAAACCAGUCUUCUGCCAAUGUUCUGGAUGUUACUGUUGUCAGUUUUAGAAACGGAAGUGUUAUUGUUGAUGUUGCAAUUGUUGUAAACGAAACGAGUUCAAUAUCAGUGGUAAACACAACUCUUCGGGACAUUAUUUCAACAGGAAAUCUAGGCGGAAUUAUAGUUGAUUCCUCAUAUUUUGAAGCUAAAGAAGGAGACGGAUACAUUGUUAUCACAGACGUAAGCAGCACUGGAAGCUACCAUGAAGAUAAUGAUGUCAAGUUCACAUGUGGUGCUAAUGUAAUAGGAAACACUGGGACAGUGACAGUGACAUGGAAGCUUAAUGAUGCAGUGAUUAACCCGACGGCUAAAUCAAGAUGGAGGACGAUAACACUACAGGAAGAUCCAUUGUACCCAGAGAGGAAGGAGUACACUUUAACAGUCAAUCCUAUGAAGAAAAGAGAUUCAGGAAUACUUUCCUGUCUAGUGAGUGAUGGUUCCUUGAAGUCUGAACAGAAAAUAAAUGUAGCUGUUAUUGGAAAACCGGAAGUAUCAGUAUCUCCCAUGACAGCUGUAGUAAACGCGGGAGACUCUGCUACUGUAAAUUGCGAGGUUAAAGAAUCCUACUCAGUGCCAGUACUUAUAGUAUGGUAUAGAAAUAGUAUUGUGUUCACCUCUAAUCAAGAUGAAAUUAUUGUAGGGAAUGGUAACGUCAGUACACUGGAAGUCAUUAAUAUCAAAGAAUCCAUUAAUUAUGGCUGCAAAGGAAUAAAUGUUGCUGGAGAAGGAAUGGUUGUGACUUCAAAUAUCAUUGUAGUAGAUUCAACAGGAACAACUGUUUAUUGUCCUGAAAAUACUGAUAAUUAUGGAACAUUUUGGAAUAGGACUGUAUCUGAUACGGUUGUUAUACUACCAUGCAGUGGUAAUUUCACAGGUUUAAUUUCAAGACAAUGUAUUGGGGGUAACUGGCAAACACCUGAUUAUAGCACAUGUGUGAGACAGGAUUUACAGAAAAUAUUUGAAGAGUCUGAUAGUCUCAUCGAAGGGAUUCUAGUUGUGGAUGUAGACACAAUCCUCCAAAACCAAAAUGUAUUGACUUCAGAUGACCAAGAAGACCUCAGAGCAGGAGAUUUGGAAAUAUCGUCAUCUACGUUAAUUAAUGUGGCGGAUUAUGCAGCAGAACGGAAUGAUGCUGUAACAGUAAAUCAACUCGACAUAUUCGUUUCAAGUUGUAAUAAUCUCCUUGAAGACAGAAACAGACCAGAAUGGGAACAACUUACACGUCAGAACUUAGGCGGUGUAAGCAGGCUUGUAGACGCUGUCACAACAUAUACAAAAGCUUACACACGGCUUAACGAAAGUGAAUUCAGCAAAACUGUAAAGAGGGACAAUUUAGUUGUACAGGUUGGAAAAGUUCAGUCAAAGGGUGUAACAUUUCCAGGCAAUUCAUCAAACCUGCCAUCAUGGGUAACAGAGUCUGACACUCAAGUUACAUUUAAAAAAGCUUCACUUAAUGCAUCAGAACUAGUUGGAUACAGCAGCACGUUUUACAAAAACAUUUCAGGCCUUUUCCAGAAAUACUUGUUAUCUAAUGGUGUAGCUGUAUCAACUGCUGGUAAUUACGAAGUGAACUCAGUGGUUGUAGAUUUUUCUAUUGAUCCUGCACCAGUGUCACUGAAUCCACCUUUAACUGUAGUAUUUAAACAUAUGCAAACUCCUCCAUUUGGAAGUUUAUGUGGAUUUUGGGAUUUUAAUGCACCGGACACACCAAAUGGAGCAUGGUCUACUGUAGGGUCUAAAGUUGUCCAAAGUACAAGUGAUGAUACCAUCUGUGAAUAUAAUCAUACUACAAAUUUUGCUCUUCUGAUGGGUCUCUCUGAAACGCCAGCUGAACAUGUACUGGCUCUGAGUGUAAUAUCAGCGGUUGGAUGUGCUAUUUCAAUCUUAUUUUUGUUGAUAACAAUCAUAAUAUAUGGUUUAUUAUGGAAGUACGUAAAGAGCGACAAAUCUAAAAUAAUGAUAAGUUUAUGCAUAGCAUUGCUAUUGUCAUAUAUCUUAUUCCUAGCUGGGGUAACACAGACUGCGAACCAGGACGUGUGUACAUUUAUGGCUAUACUUCUACACUACAUUUUCUUGGUGGAUUUCUUCAUGAUGUUAGCAGAAGGAGUAGAAAUGGCUUUCUGUGUGCUGUAUGUGUUUGCUACUAGAUCGAGAGCACGAUGGUUGAUACCGACUGCAUGGAUAUUUCCCAUUUUUAUUGUUGGAGUAUCCAUGGCAGCGUCACAAUUAGAUGGAUACGGUAAUUCUAAAUUUUGCUGGCUUUCUUUAGAGUCCGGAUUAAUUUGGGCAUUUAUUGCUCCGGUGAUAGUUGUAAUUCUGGCGAAUGCAGUUAUACUGGUUUUAGUGAUAAAAGCAAUUUUAAGUUCACACUGUAUGUUGACCAUAACUGCAAAAGAACAAACAAAGGCCAGCAUUAGAAGUCUGUGUGUCCUACUUCCACUUCUUGGAAUAACAUGGCUAUUUGGAAUAUUCUCAGUUAAUGAGGAUUUGGUUGUAUUCCAAUAUUUAUUCGCAAUUUGCAACUCUCUUCAGGGGCUCUUCAUCUUUUUGUUCCAUUGUCUCCUAUCCAAACAGAUUAGGGAUGGCAUGCAUCAUUGGCAGAGUAGACGGAAUGGAGAGUAUGGGGUAUCUGGAACAACAAUAACAAGACAGACUGCAAUAACAUCAGAUACUGCACAACCAAGUACCUCACACCAGGAAUCAUCCAAAGCAGAAGCGGGAGAAAUAACAGAGGACGAUGCCAGCGUUGCAACAAAAGAGUCAAGACGCGAUGCUGAUUAUAUUGAAAAAUCGAAAAAUCUCUUGAGAGAACGACAGGCAGACAUAGAUAAAAAGCAGAAAUCCCUUGCUGAUGAACUCCGAGCUAAAUUAGGUGGAAACAGUGGGGUUGCUACAGACAACAUCAAAGUAACAAGUAUCAAGAGAAAAGACGAAGGUCCUGAGUGUGUAUCACCGGGAAACAUUUCAUCUAGUGAGGAAAAGAAAUUCAAUGAAAUAACUGAAGAAAAGACAUCGAAUAAUUCAGAAUGGUCAACGGAAACGGAAUCCCCAGGUAAUUCGACAACCAUUGACGUACAUGUUGAGGAUACGAAACAAACGCCGAAUCAAAAUGUAGAUCAAAAGGAAAGAACAGUUUCGAAAUUAUAUGAAGAGGCUUGUAUUGAGAAAGAUGAUGUCCUUGAAUUAGAGGUGAAGGUAGUUACAUCAUCUCCUCUACCUAAACGAAAAUCGGAUUCCAGCUCCUCAUCGAAUGAAGACGAGAUAGCUGUAAAAAACUCCAGUCAAACUGUAGAAAGCAAGGAAAAUAUCGAAAUCGUAUCAUACAUCAAUACAAGUUCAGAUAGUGAGGAAGACCUAAAAUCACCACCUGUGAUCGUACAGCAGCCUACUACUGAAAUAGAAAAUUCAGAAGAUUCAUUUUGGAGUUUACCUCCAACGAUAUCAGAUGGCAACCUAGUAGAUUUUCCUGGAAAGUUAUCUAUGAACGACAAUGAGAACUGGUCAAAGGAUACAAAUAUAACAGAUCUGAAUAGGUCAGAACCAGGACUUAUAUAUGAUGCAACAGAAGACAAAACAAGAAUUUCUGAUUUCUCAACUCAAAGUGCACCAGCUGAUUUGAUUACUUCAGCGGAUGGUAUUGCAGAUACAAAGUUAGAGAAAAUACUGUCAGAAUCGUCAAUCGAAGAUGGCGAUUCAUCGUCUUCUGAAACAUUGGAUGGUGAAACACAGGACACCAACUUGAAAGCAAGCAUAACAGAUUCCCUGGAGAGUCUUAGGCAAAUUGACGAGUCAAAGAUGUCAGAAUCAGAUGACAACACAAAAGAACGUCCGAGUUCCGAACAAUCAAUGGACAUUCGGAAGAUUACAGAUACAGACGACGAAGAACCUAUAGAUGAUACCACUGAACAAGCAGAAUCUAAUAACACCAGACAGAACAGCGCGGAAUAUGAUACAAAAUUGUAAAGAUUGUGAGGAUUCAAAACUUUGAAAAUAUAUUCUUGUUUUUACUUUUUCAAACCGUAGUUUUUUUCAUUCGUGUGAAAUAAACUUGAAAAGAAAGUGCUAGGAUAAGCUGAAAAAAUACCCCAGUAUCUGUAUGAAAAUAAGAAUACAAGUUGUAGUUUUACAAAUAUCAUUAAUUCAUUCAUUAAUGUGUUUAAGAUACAAUUCAUAAAAUGACAUUUUAAUUCAUGAAAACAAAUUGAACAAUCAUUUUCUAUAUUUAUGGAAAUAUUUUAGUUACAACAGAACUUUGUCUGAAGUCAUACUUUUCAUCUUUAUAAUGUUGAGUUUAUAGUAGUCAUUAGUU